CUCAGCUUGACAGAGUGAUUCAGCUGCAGAGAAACGGAGCUCAGCUUCAUCCCUGCGCAAUUUCUGAUUCUGUCCUAGAAACCAGCUGCUGGACCCGGAUCAACGCCGCAAAGGAGAUACCGGACCAGGCCGAACCGAACCGAACCCCAGCAAGCUGAUCCGAACCGAGCCGGGCUGAGCCAGGCCAGAAUAAAGACAGAGACAGACAGGCGGCUUCAUCUCCUUCUGCAGACUGAGCGGAGUCUUCCUCACCGAGUCAGCAGAGAUGAGAACAUCCUGUUGGUUCCCCUUGAUUAAACUGAUCCAGGAUCAGUGAUGUGGGCUCAGUUUCUGCAGCGAUCCAACAUGGCUGCCUCAGCGCUGACAGUGUGUGUGUUUAUCCUGCUGCUGGCCGAGAUCAGAGGUUUACAGUCGGAGGACCAAGAGGAGAGAAUCUGUGCGUUUGCCAGCAGCCUGAAGGGGGCGGAGCCUGUCUCCACCAAUGAGCUACGAGGAGAGGUUCAGGAGAACGGCACGAUACGCUGCAGUCGCGGCUCCCGCUGCUAUGGAUUGUGGGAAAGACUUGCGGACGGAGAGAUGCAGCUGCUGAAUCAAGGUUGUUGGAUGUAUGUGGGCCACCACCAGGAGUGUUAUGGUGACCGCUGCCUCCUGGUGACUAUGGCUCCAUCUCAGAUGCAGAAAGCCAGCUACCAUUUCUGCUGCUGCAGCCACGACCUCUGCAACAGUAAUUAUACUGAAGCUCCGCCCACUGCCGACACGCCCACCCUGAGGUCGAUGAGGAGGGACGACCUUAACCUCAGUCCCACAGAUCGUCAGAUGACAGCAAAGGAGGCAGCUCUCGUUGCCCUGGCAACUGUGGCUAUGGCAGCCCUCUUCAUCAUGGCGCUGUUCCUGGGAUACCGGAUGAUGAAAAGGAAGCACAAGCAUGGUCUGUCUGCUGUGAAUGCAAUGGAAGCAGCAAACUCUGACUCAGCUGUGGACCUUGAUAACCUGAAACUGCUGGAGCUGAUUGGUCGAGGUCGUUAUGGAGCGGUGUUUCGUGGCUCUCUGAAUGAGCGAUGCGUUGCUGUUAAAGUUUUCAGCUCUGCUAACCGCCCAAACUUCUCCAACGAGCGCUCCAUCUACCGACUGCCGCUGCUGCAGCAGCAUGACAACAUCGCCCGCUUCCUGGCCGCCGACGAGAAGACGACAGCCGAUGGACGACCAGAGUUUCUGAUCCUCAUGGAGUACUACCCACAUGGCUGUCUGUCUCAGUACCUGUCUGUCCACACUGUGGACUGGCUGACCUGCUGCAGGAUGGCCCACGGCAUCACCAGAGGACUCGCCUUCCUGCACACUGAACUCUACAGAGGAGACCAGUACAAGCCCCCUGUGGCCCACAGAGACCUGACCAGCAGGAACGUUUUGGUCCGAUCCGAUCUGUCCUGUGUCCUCGCCGACUUUGGCUUGUCAAUGAAGCUGACUGGAACCAGAACCUGUCGGCCCGGAGAAGAUGAAACCAUGGCCAUAUCUGAGGUGGGGACAGUUCGGUACAUGUCCCCAGAGGUUCUGGGAGGAGCACUGAACCUCAGAGACUGUGAAUCGGCUCUGAAGCAGGUGGACGUUUACGCUCUGGGUCUGCUGUACUGGGAGAGCUUCAGGAGGUGCUGUGACCUGUUCCCAGGGGAAGCCGUUCCAGAGUACCAGCUGGCGUUCCAGGUUGAAGUCGGGAAUCAUCCGAGCUUCGAGGACAUGCAGAUCCUGGUGGUCCGAGAGAAACACAGACCCAGAUUCCCAGAAGCCUGGAAGGAGAACAGCCUGGCUCUGCGGGCUCUGAAGGAGACCAUGGAGGACUGCUGGGACCAGGACGCUGAGGCUCGACUUACAGCUCAGUGUGCUGAGGAACGCCUGGCGGACCUCAUCCUGCUGAGUCCUCAUACAGCGCUGCACAACCACAGGAAUCUGACUCACAGCCGCUGGACUCCUCAAGUUGGCUCCGCCUCCUGCUACAUCGAGGAUCUCCAAGUGGGCGUGGUUAAAAAUCUCCAGGGAGACGGGCACUCGGCGUCGGUUGUCAGGACGGCCAUGAGUGGUGCAGAAGUCGGAGAGAAGAACAGGAACUGCAUCAACCAGCAGCGGCAACAGAAUAAAGCUCGUUCGGCCUCCUCAGACUGCAGCGUGAUCACCACCAGCAGCCUGAGGACAGACUCUCUCCUUUGCAGCUUCUCUGAGCUAAAUGGGGGCGCUGCACCCAGUAUUCCUGUUUGUCUACAGCUCACAGAGGAAGACCUAGAGGCCUCCAAACUGGACCCUAAACAGUUUCAGAAAAACCUGAGAGAAACUUCCCAGGAAAACUUGAUGGAACAUUCUCAGAAGCAGUUUGGAUCAGCACCACAAACCUCCAACCUGCAUCACAGCGUGGAGGUGACCAAUCAGGAAGAAGCAGGACUUUCCUUCCGCAUCCAGCCCCUCCCCAAGCAGCAGAACGUCUGCCAGAGGCCCACCAGCCUCCACCUGCUCCCCAAACCCAGCGAGUCCCGACUGAAGCUGGGAAGGCUCAGGUCCACUCACCAACAGGUGGAGACAGGUGUGGCUAAGAUGAACCAAGUUAUCCCAUCUGUGGAGGCACACCUGGUCACCACGGUUACCAACAUGAGGAGCAGCGCCGCAAAUGGGACUGAGGUCCUCUGUGCCUCCAGCAGCUACAGCUCCGGCGUUCCCGUCCUGGUGACCAAUAAGACGAGAGGAGGAGGGAGAAUCAACCCUGCAGGGCCGCAGGAGGAUGAGGGGGAUGAAGGACGAAGAGGAGGAGGAGGAGACGGGGACAGCCGACUGAACCUGAAUCUGAACUUCAGUCCUGAUGAACAUGAACCUCUGCUGAAGAGAGAACAGCUUCCUGCUGAGAGCGACCCUCCUCCUCAUCAUGGUUCAUCGAGCAGAGCGGGAGGACGAGGAUCCAACUCCAACAACAACAACAACCGCCUCCCGUUGGGCUCAGAGCUCCAUGUUCCUGCAGAGGUCUGUGUUCCUAAACCAGAAACCAGGAACAGUGAACCUCCUCCUGCAGGCUCAGUUAUUCUUUCUGGAUUAGAAAUGGUGUCAGUCCAUCCUGAGGACAGAAGUGAAGCCGCAGAUACUGAAAUAUGUCCGAAAGAAAUUAAACCUCCAACAGAAGGAGGCCUACAGGAACAGAACUCAGCUUCAGAAGCAUCAAUACCUCCUCUGAACCCAUCACUGGUAGACAUUAUAGCUACAGGAGCUCCACCUCCGGAUGUCUCCAACCUGGAAGCUAAAGAUUUGGAUCCCGCUCCUGCAGAAAGUCUGGCAUCAGAACCUGCAGAGCUGCAGAAUCAACCUUCAGAAGUUCAGACAGCAGGUCUGUUGCUCAGGCAGACUAAAACCAGGAGACCGGAGCGUCCAUGUUCCCUAGACCUGUCCUCGUCCUGCAUCUCCUCAGAUGAAGUUUCUGUGAUGGAUCACGGCAGUCUGAGCGCCACAGGUGAGAAAAUCAAGCGCCGCGUGAAGACUCCAUACACCCUGAAGAAGUGGCGUCCAGCCUCCUGGGUGGUCUCCUCAGAUAAGGAUCUGGACCUGGAGUUUGAGUUCGGCAGCGGUCAGGUCCAGGUGUCGUCUGGUCCACUCAGAGCAGGAGGUGCAGGUGUGCCUAGAAUCAACCAGUCCAAGUCCAGCAUGGCCGUGUUUCUGGUCGGAGGAGGAACCACGGCGACCACAACCUCAGAGCCGGAUCGGAUGACCCAGUUUUGAGAAGCCUGCUGCACCCAGUAGAGAUCUUUCUUUGUUUUUUUGUUGUUUUUGUUUUAAAUAAUUUAACUUUGGUUGUUGGAAACCGCAGCUAGCUACUCUGAUUUUAAAAAAAAAGAAAAAACAUCUGAGGUGGAACAAACGUGAUGGAACAGAUGCUGUACAUUUAGAGGGUAUUAUUUGUGAAACUCUUCAGAUGGAGAACACACAGCCGGUCAGACAUAUUUCAUUAUCUCCACCAUUAUGGACUGAAUUGUGUUCAGAAAGAUGAUUUAAAACAGUUGGAUAAUAAGGAGAUUCACUUUCUCUGAUGUCCAAGAGCAGCAUAAAAAAAUAUUAGUCACAUUCACACUUUAAAUGUUUGGCUGCCACUUUGGUAAGUGUCUUAAUUUGCACAUUUUUCUCAUCUUCAGUGUCUUACCAGGCCCAAAUCAAUAAGCACAAUAACAAAUCCCUCAGGAUUUCUGUACGGAAAGAGGGACUGGUUAAUUUGGGUGUGAUGUCAUUUCCUGAUCCAAAUUUUGACUUCUGAUGUAAAUCAGAUCCUUGAUCACCGGUUUAUCUUCCAGGUGUUAGUGAAGAUAUUCUGAAGUGCCCAAAUACAGGUCUUUACAUUUGUAUUUGAGUUUUCUACCCAGGAUAUAAACAUAAAAUUAUUUGUGAUAUUACAUCAAAAAGACCCUGCAGACAAGUUGACACUGGAAAGAUUUUCAGACAUAAAACUGGAUCAGAUUUAAACAAAUUAACCAACAAACACAUAAAUACCAUUAGAUUAUCAUAUAGAUGAUCAUAUCACAGAAAGGAUCAAAACCUCCCUGUUGAUGAAGUUAGAGGUAAGAGAGAGGCUUUCAUCCAAUCAUGUUUUAUUUCUUUAAGCACUUUAAGCACAGAGUUAGAGUAAUAUAUUGUGUAUGUGGUUCAGUUUUAGCACAAAGAGCAACUUAUUUAAGAAAUUCUCACUGAAACAGUAAAUGCAGCUGCUUUCUUAACCUGUUUGGAUCAAAUGGUCAACAGACUCUGGAAAAUCUAUUUUCUUUACACUUAAAAACUGGCUAGAGAGAACCAUCGAGAAGCAGGACUGAAGUCUGAAGACAGAGGAAAAAAAACGACAGACAGGUUCAGGUUUCAGCUAGGAUGACAGCAGGACUGAAUGAAAAUUAAAACAUCAGAGUUGUCGGAAGACAGAAGAACAAAUUCAAUCUUUUUGGUAAACUGGACCUUUAAACAGUCUUGUCUUGCCCCGUCAACAUUGUCUUUUCAUUGAUGAUCAAUUCAAAAACCUUUAGAGUUUAGGCCUAUUGUGAUUUUAAAUAGUUUUAGUCUGUUAAAAUUGUGAAUCCUUCAGAUUCUAGCAGAUCUCAUUUUCUAUCGUGUCAAAAAACAAACCGGUUUCCAACAGGAAGUUUUUAAUGUCCAUUUUUCUAAAGCAGGAGUUCGAUCUUUUUUAAAAUAUAUAUAUAUAUACAAAAACAGCAGAACAUGAAACAGAUUUCAUCCCGUUUCAUGUUUCCGUUGAGCUUUUUAUAACAGAAGCUCUGCAGGUGCAGGAGACUUUUUCUGCAGACUGUGGCUGUUUUUUAUAGAAAUCCCUGCAGCGAUAUGUUAGAUUUAUUUACAUUUCAUCUAUAUCAACAUUUAUGAUAUUUAUAUCAUAAAUGUGCACUUUUAGUAAAUUAGCAGCAUUUAGCAUUUAAUAAUGGUGUCAAACUGUUAUUUAAGAUCUGAAGAUGCCUUCUUAGUUCUGUUUGGUUAUUUUUGUAUUUUAUACACUUUGUACUGUUUUUAGAUGCUGGUGUGAGUGAAUGUGUGUGUAUUCUGAGAAACUGUUCCUGUCGUACUUCAUUAUGUAUGCAUCGGUGGGUCUGCUAGUAGACUGAGCUGAACUUCAGAGCCAGAUUGGUUCUUGGAGAACUGAAGCUCUUCCUUCAUCCAGGAGGAACAGGACUUAAUGAAAGAAGACUUUUUAUGGGAGCGAUGGUUAAGCAGCUCUGGGUUUACUGGUUUUAGCUCCAGGAUGUUUCCACCAGUUCAGCUGCUGCAGUCGUCAGUCAUCAUGUCCCUCCCAACUAAAAGACUCUGAAACUAAUUUUGUAACCUCCCUCUGUACAGUUCUUUCUGCUGAUGGAUGACUGCACAUUAUAAACUGAUCUUUCAUUUGCUGGAUCUUGGAAAGAAAGUUGCAUCUUCAUCUCAGUAAAUUAGAAUCUCACUGGGAAGUUUGCUUAUUUCUAUAAAAAAGUGAAACCCAUAUAUUUGUUUCAUACACAGUUAUGUGUGUAUAAAGUGUUUGUUUCUGUUCAUUUUGAUGAUUAUGACAUACAGCUAAUGAAAAGCCAAAAUUCUGUUCAAUUAAACAUAGCAUAAAGGAUUUUGUACACAGUAAUGUUAACUUACUGAAAACCAAGCCUAUUUGAGAUACAGUAAAUUAUUCAAAUUCUUGGUUUGGGCUCUUUUUGCCUUAAGUGCUGCCUCAGUGGGGUGUGGCAUGGAGACAACGGGCCUGUGGUUCUGCUCAGGAGUUAAUGCCUGAGGCCGCCAGCUUAUCUGCAUUGUUGGCUCUGUCACUUGUCUUCCUCUGCACUCUUCCUCUGAAAACUGGGACCUUGAUUUCAAAAUUCAAUGUAGAAUUUUCUUUAAUCUGAAAAAAGGGCCGAGCCAAAAUUCAGUCCUUUUCUCCUGACGUUGGUUCAGGAGUGGUUUAACACAAAGUUUUCACUCAUGACCAUAAAAAUCACAUCUGACAUCUUUAAUAAGCUUCGUUUUAUAUCCUUUCAAUGCUGUGAUUAUCAUUGUUGCUUUUCCACCUUUUAGUAGAUUUCUUUCUUCCACUACACUUUGCAUUAUCGUUCCUGGAUACAGCACUCUGAACAGACUGCUUCUUAAUCAGUUGAGCUUUUUGGCUUACUCUUGUGCAGUGACUGUCUGCUGGUCAGUCCUGAUAGAAAAAUGCAAAUAUACUUUUCUGAUGCACCAAAUUUUAGGUUUUCAUUAACUGUAAUAAUAAUCAUAGUGUUCAAAAUGAACAAAAAUAAAUGCUUGAAAUAUAUCCAUGUGUAUAGAUGAAUGUAUAGUCUCACUUUUUUAAAUUUGUGAAAUCAAGUAACUUUUCAAUGAUAUUCUACAAUAUUGAGAUGUGACUGUAACUGCCACACUGUGGUGCUAGUUAAUUCUGUAUGGAAGAGGGAAAAAAAACAUUUUAAAUAUAUAGCAGCCAAGCAGUGUGUGCUUUAAGUUUUAUUAUUAGAAAACGUUAAAAAAAAGUAAAAAUGAGGUUUUCCAGAAGUUUCUUUAUUAGCUGUUAUCUACUGAACUGAAAUCACAGUUUGCUGCUGAAUUUCCCUUUAAAGUCUUUACUGUAGCUCUCAUAUUUGUAUUUAAUAAUCCUUAUCUGCAUCUGUAGAAAUACAUUCAGAGUUAAUAUAUUCACCAAUGUAGCCUCGUGCAUGAUGCAUCAGCUCAGUAAAAUGUUUUCUGUUGUUAACGCAGUGGGUUUAAUGGGGGCUGAUUCUGGUUCAGUUCUGCUCCUGGACUGCAUCACCUGCUGGUUCUUCAUCAAAACAAACCCUUUCAGUUGCAGCAUCUUUAAAUAGCCCUCUUCUCGGUGUUUGCUGCCAUCAGCUAGGUAAAACAGCGAACAGAAGGGGCCUCUUUAAGGCUACCUGUGAUCAUGUCCUGCUUGCUGUAUGAUUGAGGACUGUGACCAUCAGUGUAAUGAUCUAGAUAUAAUCUGAUAUGUACCUACUGUGUGUCCUCUGAUGGUUCAGGGAUGUUUGAGUUGUUGAACUUGUGCGUUUUUGUGUUUUUCUGUCCAACAUGUUUCCUUCAGUGUAAAUACUCACUGUAAGCUUCCAUAGGGGCCAAGUAGCUCAGCUGUAUGCGGUUAGUGAUGUGUUCUGAGCUGCUCACAGUUAUAACAUGUUGUAACUCCUUCACUGCAUGCUGCCCAGUCCUGCACUCCAUUCUUUCCCAAGGUUCAUCCCAGCAUCUCAUAUCUUCAUGUAGAGACUGAAAUAAAAAUACUGGAGCUUUGAGUUCAUCAUGAAAUUAAAA